AUGGUUAAAGAAGACAAUUCCUCUAACAUAAAGAAGAAACGCAAACUAGCAAAUCCGAAAACCGAAUCGGAAAGCGAUAUAUACAAAAAAGUAGUCGAAUUCGAAGAAAAAGAAUCAUUCAACCGGCAAGGAUCCGUCGACGCCGAACUCUAUUUCGAUCUAUGCACCGACAUAAGAAACCUUUUAACAGAAGUGUUCAAUUUAAAACAAUCCGACCCGAAUUCGAAAAAACUCAAAGACAUACAAACCGAGAUCUUCAUCAAAAUGUGCCUGAUCAAGAAACUAAACAGGAUCGACAAAAUCAGGCACGUUUACGGCAAGGAAACCUUAUCGACGGAGAAACAGAAAUGCGACAGCAUCAAAUUGAAUUAUCAGAAUUUGGUCUACGAGCUGCACCAUCUGGUGACUGAAACCAACAAAUGUCUAGCUUUCAAAUCGAAAGACGAAGACAUCGAGCUAGUCCCGUUCGAAGAAUUCAUGAAGGAAGCCCCCGAAGACGUCUCUAAGAAAUUCUCGAAUUACGACGAAAACGACAGGGAUCAAAAGCACAGUCUACGUUUGGCCCGAUUAGAAUGGGAAUUGAUGCAAAGGAAAAACCUCGCUCAGCUCUGCAAGUCUCUCAUCGAAGAGCAAAAGAAAUUGGAACAGGAUCUGGUCGAGAGAAAGGAGAAAUUGAACGCUCUACGACCUCUCCUAAUGAACAUUAUCGAUUCGACGAAACCCCUCCAGGAGCAUUUGGAUAUGUCGUUGAAGGAAAUGCGAGUGGAUCACAAAUUGGCUUAUUUAUUACCCGAUCCUCUGUACAUUUUCUACGUUAACGUGGUCUCGUAUAAAAGCGUAAACGGUUUGGAUCUUACCGUCGAAAUCGUCGGCGAAGAGGACGAGGCCGUUCAAUGGAAGGAAUGCGGAAAGAAUGGUAAUUUCCUCGAGGAGGAAUCCGACGAACAGGAACAAGAAGUCGAGGAGAUCGUGGAAGUUAAGAAACGCCGUCACAGGAAAUCCAUGCAAGUCGAUCCGAUGGAAGAGAAGAAAAAGAAACUGCUCGAACAGCAUCCGUUGAAAGUCCGAAUUCAGGCGAAUCUACCCGACGGAUUUUCGCUCGUCGUCUUCUACUCGUACCAAACGAGACUGAAGAUAAUUACGGUCGCUUCCGAAACCGUUUUACCAUCGAACGUAACCGGAAAUUGCGCCAAAGACGUUUUAAACGGCGAGAACCUUCUGAGCGAACUAAUCGAAGGCGAUACGGGCCUGGAGAGUCCGAAUCCGAUCACAAAAUUCCAGAUAAAAAAAGUCGGUUUCGCCUCGUUUCGAUCUCUCGUACCCCAAAUCGGCUACGCCUAUAACUGGGCGCAGAAAGUCUGCGGAAUGGAUUUCCUCAACAAAAAGAUGAAUUCGGACGAAGUGGGCGGCACUAACAUCGAGAAAGUCCUGAAAAUCCUGUUCGAACGGCUGGAAUCUCGGCGGGCGCUGGCCGAGCAGUUGCAGCUGCUCGAGCAGAAUUUGCUGCCGAAGCUGCCCGAUUGCAUCGAUUACCACGUGAAUUUCGUUUGUUCUCUGACCAAAUGGUGUCCCGUUACGUACCAGAAGUACUGCCAGAGCGAAUUCACCAAGAUGUUGGUCGAGGACGAGCUGGUGGCGCCAUCUGAUGCGUUCUACGCGUUGAAUAUCACCAGAGGAAACGCUGUACUCGAAGCGCUGAUUGUGAUUAAGAAUAAUUACCCGCAGGAUGUUCCUAUGUUUUCAUUAUGUAUAAAAUACAAUGGCGUUUAUCAUUCUGACAAUGACGAUGAGAUAAGGGACAUGGAAAGACUGUUAAAUGUCGACAUAGGCGAUAAAUCGUCAUCUUUGCUAUCCAUUCAAAUCGCUCGAUUGCAAUCGUAUUUCGAUGUUUAUCUGGAAACGACGGAUUCCAAAGUUUUUCCACAAACUGUAACAUUUAUCAGGAACGUGAGCGGAAGGAAUAGAAAGAAGCCGUUGAAAUACUGCAACGCAGGAAACGGCAUAUUUACCCAAUAA